GCCUUGGUAUUCAGUAGUGUCGAAUUGACUUUACCAAACAUUUUUAUUACAUUCUUAAGUAGUCAGAAAAAUACUGAAGAUAUGGCCACUGAUUCAAAGGCCGCUUUCAAGCCGGUUACGCAUGUGCUUUUUGACAUGGAUGGUCUGCUACUGGACACCGAGUCAUUGUACACAGUGGCCACGCAACGGGUGACGCAGCGCUACGGCAAGGACUACACUUGGGAAAUCAAGGCGGCCGUCAUGGGCACCGCCGGAUCCGAGUCGACGCGCAUCAUCAUCGACAGGCUGCAGCUGCCGCUCACCGUGGAGCAGCUUGAGGCUGAGCUGCACCAGAUGCACACUGAGCUCUUCCCUACUGCACAGCUCAUGCCUGGGGCCGAGCGGCUCGUGAAUCACCUUCACCAGUGUGGGGUGCCCAUUGCCGUGGCGACCAGCUCCAAACGGGACUCGUUUGUGCUCAAGACCAGCUGCCACGGAGAGCUGUUUGCCAAGUUCCACCACAUAGUGUGCGGCGGGGAUGAUGCAGAAGUGCCAAGGGGCAAGCCGCACCCAGACAUCUUUCUCGUGGCCGCUACAAAGUUUGAGAAUGCACCUCCACCUGAAAAGGUUCUGGUGUUCGAGGACUCCCCCAACGGUGUGCUGGCAGCCGUGGCUGCUGGAAUGCAGGUGGUCAUGGUACCAGAUCCACGUGUUGAUGAGGACUCGCGCAAGAGUGCUACGUUGUGCUUGACCUCACUCGAAGACUUUAAGCCCGAGUUGUUCGGUCUCCCACCAUACAACCACUGUAACUGAGAGAUAGAUCAUCUUCUAGUCUGUUCGUUGUAUUGCUAGUUCUUUUUGAAGAAGAGCAUUUGACAAUGAGAAACGAUGAUCUCAGUCUUUUGGGCUGCCUUUAGCUUCUGAUAAGAGCAUCAUGGGAUAACAAAGUGCGGUGGUGAUAGUUAUGCUUAGUCUGUGCUGGGAACAGAAUGCAUUUUGUUGUACUGUUUGUCAGAGGAACGCCGGAGGCCACUGACAGGUUAAGAAAGCCUAUGUGCAUCACACUGGCAGGGUAUGCUGCUGUUUGCUCAGUUUCAUUGUUUGGACUAUGUGACGAAUUUGACAUGUGACUCUUUAUCACUCUAAAUGUAUGUGGGCAAACGUCAGCACAAUAGGAAAUGGCCUUUCCUAUUUUAUACCUUAUGUGGUCCUUCAAAGCUGCAAAUGCUGUUGCGUUCAUCUUUUUGCAUCACAAUUGCCACUCCUAGAUAUCACCAGGACUAAAAAAACACGCCUUUUUUGCUAUGUUUAAUGUGAAUGAGUCUUCGUACCCUCAGCCACUUUCAGGAUAUUGCACAUGUCAUAUUUUUACACCCUUAAGAUCAGCCCAGUUUACACAGUGCAUUUGCCUUUGGCGUUAUGUAUUCAGGUUUAGACAACCUGCGAAUGAGUUGUAUCAUGCUGAACGAUGUGGAAAUUGUCUAGUACCCGCCAACACUUCCGAACUUUUAACGCGACAGCGUUAAGGAGCUCGUGUCGCAGAAAAGCCGGUGUCGUCGGCGGCGUUGGCCGUGAGCGAUAAAUCCAAGCAGACACUUCAUGAAUAAAAAACAACUUGCAAGAUGGGCUGGGUGGGAAUCGAACCAGGGUCUCCGGAGUGUGAGACGGAGGCGCUACCACUCAGCCACGAGUUCGAUGCUUCAAAGCGGUACAAAAGCGGCUCUAGUGAAUGCGGUGUUGCCUUAGAAACGAGCUGUUUCUAAGGCUCCGGCAUGCGUCGCUUGCUCAGGCGCACAUUUCGUUGCCGCGCCGAACGCUGCGUUGCUCGACGCUCACCGCGUCCGAUGCGGGGCGCGUAGUCGCUGCGCCAUAGCCCAUUGUCUUACACCCCUUGGCGGGUCGACGGGAACGCUGUCGCGUUCCACUCUUGAAGGCGAAGCUUAAGCGUCCUCCAAUUUUUUCGUAAAGUUUACAAAUUUUCACUUAGCCUUUGAUUUUGUUGAUGCUGUGUGAGAUUUUACAGAAAUAAGUUCUCUUUGCGAAAAAAGUUUUUAAAUUGGUUAAAGAUGGGACAAAACAAGAUUUCUAAAAAAUGCAUACAAUAAAUUGUAAUUGUACCGGCGCCGCUCUCUUACAAAGGCGCAAGACACCGUAUACAGUCGAACGCUUUUAUAAAGAAGUGCACGGGGCCUCUGAAAUCAUUCAUUAUACAGGUGCACCGCACAUCUUGCAACAGAAUUGGGACAGAAUUCCUUUGUUAUUUUAGUCAUUUCGUUGCAGAGGCAUUCGUUGUCGAGGCGCUCCACUGUGCAUUCGAGUUCAGUUAAUUCGAUACUAAUGGUACCAAUGAAAUUGGUCGAAUUAAAUAAACAUUUAGAAAAAAGUCGCACUUCUGCCCCAAAGGCAAAGCAUUGAUUGUGAUAGCAAAUUAUUAGACAGCUAUGUGCAGUAAAGUUAGUAGUCUUAUCAGCUGCAUAAAUUACUGUAAACAUUCACUUGCUAACUAAAUUAACAAGCAAUGUGGAUUACCUCCAAGAAGGGUUUCAUGCGACCGUGUUAUGCACAGCCGUGGUACAGCGGUUAGAAUUUGGAAGUGUGACGAAGGAGCUGCCGCCUGCGUGCACUCAUGUGAUGCGUGCCGUAUGUGGCGCUGGCUUUAGCUUUCACGUCAGCUCACUGUAGUGCUCAUAUACAUUUUAUGUUAGUGGUGCCUUACUUUUUUGCCCUUUCUCAUACUAGCAGGUGAGUUAUCGGGCUAUUAUGUGUAAAAUAAUAAGGCAUUUGUCAUCUAAACGGUUUUUCUUUGAUUCCUAAGCAACGAGUAUGGCGUUUGCUCUGCCUGUGCUGUGAUGGGCCGACGCUAACCGUGUGGCUACCGCAGCUCAUUACGCCACAGUAUUAGAAGAAACCUUAGUGAUUUUUCAGUGUAUUUGUUUUUGAUGUGACGAAAAUAAUAGUUCUUUGCAGUAGUUUAUAACUUGUAACUGCCAACCCAAGCGUUAUAAGUGAUGGUUAAGUGUUACUCAUUUAUGCUUAAUAUAAGUAAAAUUCUAUAAAAACUGGUUAGAAGUAGGUUUAUUAUUUGAGCAUUUAUUAUAAUAAGGUGCCUCCAUGGGCCGUCUGUUGACAUGGCUCUGCAAGGUUCCUUUCAUGUAGUCCUUCGAAGUUUCGAGGGCUUUUUCUUUUCCCUGGUCGAUGUUUGCUCUUUGUACAAUGACAUUGUGUACAAAUAAAGCCUUGUCAUAAUUAAACAUGUA